CUUCCGCGGUAGUUUCUCUUAAUCUUUUUCUUGUUGGGUCCAUUGCUUUGCCCUUGGCGAAUACGAUGACGGCGACCAGAUACAGGGCGGUGGAGAGCUCAGAGCAGGAGGGGCCAGAAAUAGGCGAGAACAUCGAGGAAGUGCGGGCGCGACGUAGAUGAGGGAGCCGAUCGCAAGGGAGAAAGCUGGAAGCGACGGCGAUCGAGAUGUGGAAUUUGAACUCAAGAGCUUCUCGGAGAUCUCCAUGGUUGAGUUUGGGGGGAGGACCGACCAGUGUGGGGAUCGCUCUUUCCGAGUUCCUUUCCUUCUCUCUUUUGUUGUUUGGCUGUAGAAGAGAGAGAUUGUUAAAAGAAUUAAAGAAUUUUGUCUCACUGUUUUGAUCAGAAAACAACCAGGGAAAACCUCUUGGAAGAAGCGUACUUCUUUGCAGAAAACAGCCACGUCAAACCUCGACUCUUCGAUAGCUUUCAGGAGCGCCGGAGAAAUCGAUUCACCUCUCUCGAGCUUCAGGUCAUCCUUGAACGUGAAAUACGAAGUCUUUCUUGAGCUUCAGAGGCGAAGACACCCGCAACGGCUUCGUUGACCAUCUCUAUUUGAAGAAGACACCCGGUCUUCGCCUCUGAAGCUCAAGAAGACUUCGUAUUUCAAGAGUGAGAAGCAAAUCAGCAACAGGCUGUACGUCCAAAUCAAAUAAAAUCAAAUCGCCGGGAUCUAUCUUGCUUUGCAAGCAAGUUUCAUUCCUCUAACGGCUCUAAAACCCCAAUAUCUUCUUGAUCGAUCAUCCCAAUUUGUCCCAUCUGGCAUAAACAACGACCUUCGACUUCACUCGCUCUCUUCAAACCCUUCCAGAUAAGUAAUCAGAGCCCCAGGCAUGUUGCAUUUCCUCCUGUCCUCCUUUCGCAGUUCGCUCUUCUCCGAUUCCGCUAGUGACAUGGCCGUGAAUAAUCAGAAACUACAGGAACAGUUUGACGCUGAAGCAUUGACUUCUUCUAAUCAUUGUUCGAAAAGUGGGAAGCCUAUUUUUGAAGGGGUUUGUAUUUUUGUUGGUGGAUUUAAUGUGGUGCCAUCUAGUCAAGGUUUUGAUGAAUGAACUUGGCGAUCCUCAUUAAAUGCAUAGAGGUGUUACCAAAAUACUUGAAAAUUUUCUUUUCCCUAGGUGCUGUGAGGGUGUAUAAUAAAGCAUGGGGAGGACGCUUUGAGAAUUAUUAUUCAAGGCAUCGUGUCACUCAUAUCAUAUGCAGUAACCUUCCAGACAGUACAAUCAGGAACACGAGGUCCUUAGUGGCGUGUUACCAGUAGUGAAAUCUGCAUGACUGAUGGACUGAUGGAUUCUAUUGCUGCAAAUAAACUAAUAAGAUAUAUGUUUUAAUCUUUGUUUGGCAUUUUUUAUUCCCUAAGCAGUUUUAAUUUACAUCCCCUUUUCUCGUUUCUUUUGUAUGUAACUUUUUGCAAUGAUCAUAGUAUAUAUUACUAAAUUUACUUGAUGAGGAUAUACACCGUUAUUGAGUUUUGAUUUGACAGAGUCUAGGCUACAUUUCAUUGGCACAUGGAGAAACUGGUACUGAUUGGGUGCUUUUGCAGUUUUAGGUACAUAAGUUCUAGUGUUAAUGUUUCUACUUGAAGAACAUCUAUAAUCCAUGUGGACAUGGUAAGUUCUGUGCUCAAGGUUUUUAAACGCUAGGUUGUAGUCCAUGUCUGUUUUGCUAUCAUGAAUAGUUCGUUUGUUAAAUUGUUUACUUGGAGUCUAUCAUCAUUAGCAUGGUUAAAGUCAUGUUACAAGUCUUCAAUAAUGCCUAUCACAAGCAAAAACAAGUUUGAAGUCUAUUUGAAGAAAAUGGAUAACUCUAACUUGAUAUACCUUUGGUUUUUUGUGAACACCUUUUCAUCUAAUAUCCAAUCAAGUGAUCAUACUUUAUUUUUCUUUUUCAUAUUUUUGGCCCAUUUUCUUACCUUUUGAAAAUAUUCAAAAAAUUCAUAUUUUGGUAAUUUGAAUGAUCAUAUGAUCUGGAGUAUAGAGAUUAUGUUAAUAUUUAAUUUUAAUCCAUUAUUUAUGAUGCUUUCAUGCCUGAAAUUUCCGUAGUUCAAAUAUAUAUGGUACGUCUCUUUUCUUGUUAUGGUAAAAUUUGUUACCUGGAAAAGUGAAAUUAAGCAUUUUAGAAAGUUGAGAUAUUUUGAAGUUUAAAGAAUCCAAAUACGUCAAAGUGUGUUAAAAUGCCUAAUUUCAUGUUUCCUGGUCAUCAUUCUCAAAUUUGCUACAACAAAUCAACCAAUCACCAUAUAUCUUCUAUGAACAGAAAUUUGGUUGAUUAUGAACCUUUAUUGGGUUCAUGUUAUGUAUCAACAAGAUAUCUCGAUACUCCAAUGAAGUGAUCAGUCAUCUUUGAUAUUUUUGGCUUGUUGUAAUUUUGAAAUUAUUAAAAAACUCAUAAUUCAAUAAUUUGAAUGAUCAUAUGAUUGGGAAUAUUAGAUAUGUAGUAGUUAACUUGAAUCCAUUAUGUUGAGGUUUUUGGGUUCCAUUUUUGUGUGGUUCAAAUACACACACACACACACACACACACACACACACAUAUAUUUGUUGUAGCCAAUGUGUACAGUGUUACUCAAGAAAAUGAAAUUCAGUGUUUUAGCAAGUUGACAGAUUUUGGAUUUUUGAGGUGUCCAAAUAUGUCAAGUGUGUUAAUACUUAAUUUUAAUCCCUUAUUAUGAGGCUCUGGGGCGUCAACUUUUCAUGGCUUGAAUAUGUAUAGUAAAUUUAUUUAUUUCUUAUGGUAAUUUUGUACAGUGUUACCCAAAAAAAUGAAAUUAAGUAUUUUAGCAAGUUAACAGAUUUGGAAUUCAGAGGCAUCCAAAUACUCAAAUGUGUUAAAAUUCCUAAUUUCAUGUUUCUAGUUCAUUCUCUCCAAAUUUACUACAAUAAAUAAGCUAAUUAGCAUAUAUCUUUCUGACAACAGAAAUUUGGUGAUUAUUGACCUCAACAUGUUGGGUUCAAUUUUUGUAUCUAACUAUCUAGUUCCCUAAUGAUGUGAUAUUUUUUUCGUGAUUUUUGCCCAUCUGCAUAAUUUUUGAAAAUAUUAAAAAAUUGUUUUUUUCUGUAACUAAAAAAAAUUAAAAAAUUCAUUGUUCGGUAAUUUGAAUGAUCAUAUGAUUUGGAGCAUAGGGAUAUGUUACUGCUUAACUUUAAUCCAUUGUUAUCAGGCUUUUGGAUCUCAUAUUUCUAUGGUUUGAAUAUAUAUGGUAAAUUUGUUUAUUUGUUAAGGCAAAUUUGUACAGUUUUACCUGAAAACAUAAAGUUAAGCAUUUUAGCAAGUUGACAGAUUUGGAAUUCUUAGGCAUGAAAAUAUGUCAAAUGUGUUAAAAUGAUUAAUUUAUGUUUUUGUGUCAUUCUUUCCAAAUUUGCUACAACAAAUCAACCAAUCCAUCAUAAUAGCUGCUAACAACAGAAAUUUGGUCAAUUAUCGACCUCAAUAUAUUGGGUUCAAGUUAUGUAUCAACAUAUCUCAAUAGUUAAAAAAUUUCUGAUCACUCUUUUCCCAUAGUUUUUUGCCUGUUUACAUGACUUCUGAAAAUAUUAAAAUAUUCAUAAUUCGGUAAUUUGAAUGAUCAUAUGAUUUGGAGUAUAGUUAUAUGUUAAUACAUAACUUUAAUCAUUGUUAUGGGGCUUUCGGGUCCCAAGUUUCUGUGGUUUGAAUAUAUAUAUGGUAAAUUUAUUUAUUUGGUAAAGCAAUUUUGUACAGCAUUACCCAGAAAAAUGAAAUUAAGCAUCUAGCAAGUUGACAUAUUUGGAAUUCUGAGGCAUCCAAAUGUGUGAAAUGUGUUAAAAUGCCUAAUUUCAUGUUUUUGGGUCAUCCUUCCCUAAUUUGCUACAACAAAUCAGCCAAUCUACCAUAUAUCAUCUAACAACAUAAAUUUGGCUGAUUAUUGAGCUCAACAUAUUGGGUUCAAGUUAAAGCAAUUUUGUAUAGUGUUACCAAGAAAAAUGAAUUUAAGCAUUUUAGCAAGUUGACAUAUUUUGAAUUCUGAGGCAUCCAAAUGUGUCAAAUGUGUUAGCAUGCCUAAUUUCAUGUUUCUGAGUCAUCCUUUACAAAUUUUCUACAACAAAUCAGCCAAUCUACCAUAUAUCAUCUAACAGCAGACAUUUGGUUGAUUAUCGGGCUCAACAUAUUGGGUGCAAGUUAUGAUAUCUCAAUGCUCCAAUCAUGUAAUCACUUUUUUUUUUUUUUUUCAUAUUUUUGGCUAGUUUUUUGUAAUUUUUGAAAAUAUUAAAAAAUUCAUAAUUUGGUAAUUUGAAUAAUCAUAUGAUUGGUAGUAUUGGGGUUUGUCGGUACUUGACUUGAAACUAUUAUUUUGAGGUUUUCAGGUCUCAAAUUUAUGUUGUUAGUAGAUAUUUUCUAACAGAAAUUUGGUUGGUAUCGAACUCAACAUAUUAGGUUCAAGUUAAGCAUCAACAUUUCUCAUGGUAAGUUCCUCAGCCCUGGAUCGGUUUAUAGGUUUUGAAACAGAAUAAUCUGAAAAAGAAGUUGUAGAAUGCUUCUGUGAUAUUCUCCUUUCUGACCUAUCUUUACUAGAAAUUUGAGCUCAUCAAGAAAGAACCCGAUGAUCUCCUUGAGUAAGAAAGUACUCAACUUUUGUGAAAACUACUGCAUUACAAUUGUUUAUUCCCCUCUGAACCACAUAAAAAGUCUUGCUGGGAAGUAGAGAGAUAACUGCCAUCUUAGAACUAGGAACUACGUCCUAUAGAAUAGCAGAUCUAUACAAAUUCAAAUACUAAUGUAGCUGAUAUAACUGACAGAAAAUAAAAAAUAAACUGACAAAAGAAAACAGAACAUAGCAGAAUAUUUUAAAACAUAAUAUUAGCACACUUAGCUCUGCCCUAAGCCGGCCUUCUUUCCACGAGCAAACUGAUUAUAGACUUUCCCACUAAAUGGGUCCACUUCACCAAAUCUGACUGAUACACUUGCUACCCCAUAACAUCUCAUUACUCCCAAUCAUGUGGUCACCCUUUUUUAUUUGUUCCCAUAGUUUUGACCCAUUUUCGUAAUCUUUUAAAAUAUUCAAAAACUCAUUUAAUGUCUCAAAAUGCUCCUUGAAUAUUUCAGAUCAUCAUAUAGUGGCGAUGGAGAGAUUGACCGGCUUCUUCUCUAGGUGUCCCUUUUGUCCCCACAUUUUUGGCUUGUAAGAAUUGUUACUAUGGUGUGAAGUGAGAACAAGGACCAUGCUAGGUUUAAUUUUCAGUAUAUUAAUUUUAUUGUACUAUCAUUUGAUUCACUCCCCAACUUUGUACAAAAAAGGGUUAGAUGCUUGAACAAUUCAUAUCUCAGUUUGUCUGCCUAGAUGCUUGUUUCCUGUUUGUUUACUUCAAAGAUGAUAAUGUAGAAAUUUGGAGUUUUCUGCAAAUGGUCUUGGUACAAGGACCAGCUAAAUAACGUUGUAUAUUAUUUAUUUAUUUAUUUUUUGGUAAAUGCAGUUACAAUCAAAGGCUCCUCUUUGGCUAUCUCAAGUAUGCCUAAGUUUAUGAGAAUUUGUCUUGGUACUUUUUUUGCCAUGUGUUGACUCUACGUACAUAAAUUUCAUUUAAAUCACCAACCAUAGUUUCUGGAUCUUAACUUGGAUUGUAGGAUCAAUAUGAUCCUACUUUUCAUUUUCAUGGAAUCUGUUCAGAUUGCACACUGUAUCAUGUUUUGGUAGGACCAAUAUAAGAUCACAUGAUUGGAUCUGAAUCAUUUCUAUGCGAUCCUACUGAACUCAUAUUUUGGGAUAAAAUGUGCCCUUUUUACUGCAUUUCUAUGCGAUCCUACUGAACUCAUCUAAUUGCAAAGCAAUGUGAUGGUUGCGUACACAACCUACUCUUUCCCAACCCUCACAAAGCAGGACACCACUUGAUACGAGGAUGCCUUUUUAUUAGCAUGUUGAUUUAUUUUUUCUUUUUAUUAGCAUGUUGAUUUAUUUUUUCUUUAAUUGUACUUAUAGGUGUUGAAAUAUAGUUUUAAUUUUUUAUUAUUAUUACUUUGUUGAUUUAAUGGUGCCUUUGUAGUAACAAUAUGGUUUCUCCUUUGUGAACGGAAGAUCACGUGUUCAAGUUGUGGAAAUAACCUAAUUGCAAGGCAAUGUGAAGUUUUCGUACACAACCUACUCUCCCCUAACCCUUACAAAGCGGGAAAUCAUUUGCUACUAAGAUACCUUUUUAUUAGUAUGUUGAUUUAUUUUUUUCCUUAAUUGUACUUAUUCGUGUUGAAAUGUAUUUUUUAAUCUUUUAAUGUUAUUACUAUGCUGGUUUAGUGGGCAAGAAUUUGUAACAACGAUAUGGUUGAUCAUUUGUGAAUGGAAGGUUGCAGGUUCGAGUUGUGGAAAUAACCUAAUUGCAAAGCAAUGUGAUGGUUGCAUACACAACCUACUCUCUCCCAACCCUUACAAAGCAAGACACCACUUGUUGUGAGGUUGCAUUUUUAUUAGUAUGUUGAUUUAUUUUUUCCCUUAAUUGAACUUGUAGGUGUUGAAAUUAAUUUUUAAUUUUUUAUUGUUGUUACUAUUUUGGUUUAGUGGGCAAGCCUUCGUAGUAAUGAUAUGGUUUCUCAUUUGUGAAUGAAAGAUCACGAGUUCGAAUUGCGGAAAUUACCUAAUUGCAAAGCAAUGUGAAGGUUGAGUACACAACCUACAACCUACUCUCCCUAACCCUCACAAAGUGGUGAAUCACUCUUUGCUAGGAUGCCUUUUUAUUAGUAUGUUGAUUUUUUUCCUUAAUUGUACUUAUUAGUGUUGAAAUAUUUUUUUUAAAUUUUUUAUUGUUAUUAAUAUUUUGGUUUAGUGGGCAAGUGUUCAUAACAAUGAUGUGGUUGAUCCUUUGUGAACGGAAGGUUGCGGGUUCGAGUUGUGGAAAUAACCUAAUUGCAAAGCAAUGUGAUGGUUGCGUACACAACCUACUCUCUCCCAACCCUCACAAAGCAAGACACCACUUGUUGUGAGGUUGCAUUUUUAUUAGUAUGUUGAUUUAUUUUUUCCCUUAAUUGAACUUGUAGGUGUUGAAAUUAAUUUUUAAAUUUUUAUUGUUAUUACUAUUUUUGUUUAGUGGGCAAGCUUUCAUAGUAACGAUAUGGUUUCUCAUUUGUGAAUGAAAGAUCAUGAGUUCGAAUUGCGGAAAUUACCUAAUUGCAAAGCAAUGUGAAGGUUGAGUACACAACCUACAACCUACUCUCCCUAACCCUCACAAAGUGGUGAAUCACUCUUUGCUAGGAUGCCUUUUUAUUAGUAUGUUGAUUUUUUUCCUUAAUUGUACUUAUUAGUGUUGAAUUAUUUUUUUUUAAUCUUUUAAUGUUAUUACUAUGCUGGUUUAGUGGGCAAGAAUUUGUAACAACGAUAUGGUUGAUCCUUUGUGAAUGGAAGGUUGCGGGUUCGAGUUGUGGAAAUAACCUAAUUGCAAAGCAAUGUGAUGGUUGCAUACACAACCUACUCUCUCCCAACCCUCACAAAGCAAGACACCACUUGUUGUGAGGUUGCAUUUUUAUUAGUAUGUUGAUUUAUUUUUUCCCUUAAUUGAACUUGUAGGUGUUGAAAUUAAUUUUUAAAUUUUUAUUGUUAUUACUAUUUUGGUUUAGUGGGCAAGCCUUCGUAGUAACGAUAUGGUUUCUCAUUUGUGAACGAAAGAUCAUGAGUUCGAAUUGCGGAAAUUACCUAAUUGCAAAGCAAUGUGAAGGUUGAGUACACAACCUACAACCUGCUCUCCCUAACCCUCACAAAGUGGUAAAUCACUCUUUGCUAGGAUGCCUUUUUAUUAGUAUGUUGAUUUUUUUCCUUAAUUGUACUUAUUAGUGUCGAAAUAUUUUUUUUUUAAUUUUUUUAUUGUUAUUAAUAUUUUGGUUUAGUGGGCAAGUGUUCAUAUGAUGUGGCUGAUUUUUUGUGAAUGGAAGGUUGUGGGUUUGAGUUGUGGAAAUAACCUAAUUGCAAAGCAAUGUGAAGGUUGCAUUCUCUCUUCCAACCAUCACAAAGCAGGACACCACUUGCUGCUUGGAUCUCUUUUUAGUAGAAUGUCGAUUUAUUUUUUCCUUUAAUUAUACUUAUUGGUGUUGGAAUGUAUUUUUUUAUUUAUUUUUUUUGUUAUUACUAUGUUGGUUUGGUGGGCAAGCCUUCGUAGUAAAAAUAUGGUUGCUCCUUUUUGAACGGAAGAUCACGGGUUCAAAUUUUGGAAAUAACCUAAUUUACAAAGCUAUGUGAGGGUUGUGUACACAACCUGCUCCCCCCUAACCCUCACAAAGCGAGAAAUCACUUGUUGCUAGGAUGUCUUUUUAUUAGCGUGUUGAUUUAUUUUUUUUUACCGUAAUUGUACUUAUUUGUAUUGAAAUGUAAUUUUUUAAUUUUUUAUUGUUAUUACUAUGUUGGUUUAUUGGGCAAGCAUUCGCAAGAACGAUAUGGUUUUUCUUUUGUGAACGGAAGGUUGCGGGUUCGAGUUGUGAAAAUAACCUAAUUACAAAGCAAUGUGACAAUUUUGUACACAAGCUAUUCUCUCCCAACCCUCACAAAGUAGGACACCACUUGCUGCGAGGUUCCCUUUUUAUUACUAUGUUGAUAUAUUUUUUCCUUUAAUAUACCUUAUGGCAUUGAAAUGUAUGUUUUAAUUUUUUAUUGUUAUUACUAUGUUGGUUUAGUGGGCAAGCCUUCCUGGUAAUGAUAUGGUUUCUACUUUGUGAACAAAAGGUCAUGGGUUCGAGCUGUGGAAAUAAACUAAUUGCAAAGCAGUGUGAAGGUUGAGUACACAAUCUACUCUCCCCUAACCCUCACAAAGUUGCAACUUACUUGUUGUUAGGAUGCCUUUUUAUUUGUAUGUAGAUUUAUUUAUUUCCUUAAUUGUACUUAUUAUUGUUGAAAUGUAUUUUUUAAUUUUUUGUUAUUACUAUGUUGGUUUAUUGGCAAACGUUCAUAAUAGCGAUAUGAUUAAUCCUUUGUGAACGGAAGAUUACGGGUUCCUGUUGUGGAAAUAACCUAAUUGUAAAGCAAUGUAAAGAUUUUGUACACAACCUACUCUCUUCCAAUCCUCACAAAAUAGGACACCACUUGUUGCUAGGAUGCCUUUUUAUUAGUAUGUUAAUUUAUUUUUUCCUUUAAUUGUACUUAUAAGUGUUGAAAUGUAUUUUUGAAUUAUUUUUACUUUGUUGGUUUAGUGGGCAAGCCUUCAUAGUGACGAUAUGAUUUUUCCUUGUGGGCAAGCCUUGGCAUUCAACAAUGAUAUGGUUGUGAGUUGUGAAAAUAAACUGUUUGCAAAGCAAAAUGAAGGUCAUGUACACAAAUGACCAUCCCCUGCCCCUCAUGAAGUGGGAAUCCACGUGCUGUGAAGCCCUUUAUUAGUACGUUGAUUUGUAUUUUUUCCUUAAUUGUACUUAUUAGUGUUGAAAAACAUUUUUAAUUUUUUAUUGUUAUUAUUAUGUUGGUUUAGUGGGAGAGCCUUGGUAACAAUGUAUUAGUCCAUUGAUUUUCCUCUUCCCUGCUUUUUCUUUUGGCUUCCUUCUUUGCCCACAUGUUGCCUGGAAGAAUUGUAUCUUUGAUUUGAAGUGCCAACAUAAACCAGGUUAAGUCUAUGUUGUUAAGAGUGUUAAUUUUGUCAUGCUAUCACUAGGUUUGUUCAAAAAGGGAAUGCUUGAACGGUUCAUACCUAUUUUUAUUUAUUUCAAUACUUAGUGUUGGCAUGAGGUGUAUCAUUGUGAUUGAUUCCAAGGAUUAAUUUCCAUUUCAUCGGGAUCUAAAAUGUUAUUCCCUGGUUUUGUUGUGAUAUGAUAUAUUUAUUCUUACGCCUUUUUGAUAUAUUUAUUCUUAUGCCUUUUUAUGUUUGGAGUUUUUGGGGUGAUGGUCUUAUGAAUGAACUCCAAUAUAAGAUUUUUGUUUUUUCAUCUCUUAGGUGCUUUGCUCUUCCUCUUCCUUAUUCUCUCCUCUUGUUGCUCCUAUUCUUCAUCGUGAUCUCCCUGCCCCACCACCUCCUCCUCUACCUACUUCCUCUUCUCUUUCUCCUUUGCCUACUUUAAUAACCAAAUAAGGUUUUCAUUGUUAUUUCAAUGUUUUGACACAUUCUAAAUUUAUAAAUUUUGCAUACACUAAUUUUAUUAUUUGUAUUUGAGAAACAUUGGUUGACAUUGUUCUUUUCUUUUUCUUCUCAUCUGUGAUAGAAGAGGUCCUUUGUCAAUUGAGGUAAUUUCCUUUUCUCCAUUAGUAGCUUCCUCAGUUUUCAUUGGAUUAAGUUUGUUAUUUGUUUUUCUUGCAAGCAACAAUCUUUGUAUUUUCCUUUCUUCAUCUUGCCAGGUGUUGUGGGGGGUUGCUUUACCAAUCAAGGUGUUCCACCUGUUCUUUUAUUGCAUCAUGCUUUACUAUGAAGGCUGACUACCCUUACAUUUGGAAUUUCGAAGCAUUAUGGCAUGGAAUUUCAGAUUCGGUAACUGAAGUCCAGACUAGAAAUUGGGACUGACGAUGAUGAUAAGCAGAGAAGGGGCUUGUUCAGGCCACCGUCGUCGAUUUCUGCGAAGCUUUACCUUUACGAUGAAUAUUUGCUCCAACAAUGGCCUUAAUAAAAGGAAUAGAACUCAGUAAAGGUUGGGCAACAAAAGCGAAAGUGAACCAGAAAUGAGCAAAUGAAGAGAGACGUCAUGGCUGCGAGCUUGCAAAGGACGAAAGGAAACGGAGCAAUGCAUUGUGCAAGCCACCGCCAACAGAUUCACGAGAUAGAGAGGGAGGGGGACCAAAUUGACAUUUUAUGCGGUCGGCGAAUUCGGUCGUUCUCUUUUAUCGGUUUUAGUAUCACUGUCCGUGUUAAAAUUCAAAACAAUGUUAUUUAUUGCAAAAUUUAAUUUAAUAAAAUAAAGCUGGCUUUCUGAAAAAUUCGGAUGUUUUCUCUCUAUUGAGAGAGAGGGAGACAUGGAUUACAGUCUAGCGGCGCUGAAGCUGCUAUGCGUGCAGCUAAAGAGCGCCCGCCAAACGCCGUCGCAAUCCUCCAUGACUCUCGCCGGCGUCCUCUUCCAACGCGCUUGCUUACAAGGAAUUUUGGUCUCAACAGCCUCCCAUGGAAACGACGGCGACGGAUGUUUUCUCCUCGACGACGGCACCGGUAUCAUCGAGCUCUCUCUGUCCGGCGAAUUCCGGAACCACCGGUGGGACAUAGGAAUGUAUGUAAUGGUGGUCGGAGUGUUUGUCUUCCGCACUGGUAAAAUCCCCUUGAUUAAGGUUCACAAAAUGGUUGACCUGUCGCCAUUUCCUGAUAGAGAAGCAGUCUGGUAUCUGGAAGUUAUAGAGGCAUUUAAACUUUUCUACCAGCCCCUGUUUGAAGAAUGAUUGUAUGUGAGAGAGGUCAUCGUUUCUCAACAAAAGGGUUUGAUUGGAUACUCCCUCCUUUAACGUGGAAUGUUCAGGCAGUGACCAUACUCUUCGUUCUCACAUGGUGUAUUUGGUUCAAAGGCGUCGGAUAUUAGCAAAAGGAUUAUCCAAUCAUGUAGCUGACUCUUAAAGAUAAUGUUUUUGUUGUACUGUUGUACAGACCCGAACCUGUUACCUUAAGCUCAAAUCUACAAUGAAUUGGGAGCUGCACUUUGCCACACCUAUCUUUGGAUUCGAUUUUACCCAUGUUCUCGACUAGUGACAAGCUCUAGUGCAGGGCCUGAUCCGCAUGAUCUCCAACGGAUAAUUGGGUAUGCUAGGAAGCCGUCAUUACAUCAAUGUCAUUUGUUUAAUUAGCAU